AUGCCGGCCGCUAUGUCUGGUUACACCGACUUCAACCCCGAGAAGGACAUCCCGUCUUUGACCGGCAAGGUUGUCGUCGUGACAGGAGGUACUGCUGGAAUCGGAAGGGCAACAGUUCUGGCAUUAGCCAAGCGUCAACCAGCCCACCUCUACUUCACCGGACGCAACACUAGAUCUGCACAAUCGGUUAUUGAUGGUGCCAAAGGGUCUAGUCCUGGGGUUGAGAUCACAUUUGUGAAGUUGGACAUGAAUUCCUUGGCGGCAGUCAAGGAGGCUUGUACCCAGUUCACCCACGAUCGUCUUGAUAUACUCAUGUGUAACGCUGGCAUCAUGCAACAGCCUCCAGGGGUCAGUGUCAACGGGUACGAGAGACACUUCGCAACCAACCACCUCGCCCACGCGAUGUUAAUUCAACAACUGUUGCCGACAAUGCUGAAGACAGCAAAGCUUCCAGGCUCCGAUGUUCGCCUCAUUAUGACUACAUCGCUGGGCUGGGUAAUUCAUCCAAAAGGCGGCAUUCUCUUUGAAGCUCUUAAGACCUCCCAAGAGGGGCUCUUAGGGUCGUACUAUACAUAUGGACAGAGUAAGUUAGCGAAUAUCAUCUACGCGCGCGAAAUCGCACGCCGCUUUCCACAAAUCAUCUCUGUGUCAGUACACCCUGGAGUUGUCCAGACGGACUUAGUCAAUGAUCUCUCUUGGGCUCGCAGAUAUUUCGUUUACUUUAGUCAGUACGUCCAGGGUAUUGGUACACUCACCGAGGCACAAGGAUGUCUGAGCCAGUUAUGGGCUGCUGCGGGUGCCAGAAAGGAGCAGAUAGUAAACGGUGCCUACUACAGACCUGUGGGAGUGAUGAGCAACGGCGAUCUGAAUAAGACGGCAACGGAUCUGAAACUGGCUGAGAAGUUAUGGAUAUGGACUGCAGAUGUGUUGUCUAAAUAUUAG